UGCCUCAUCUGCAAUGCCAGCAUGUUUAAUUUAAAUACUAGGAAAAUUAAGAAAGAAGUUUCUGUAAGGGAAACUGUCAACUUCAAUUGAAUUGCAAGUUAAAUUGGAUGAAGUGCUGGCAGCCUGCAGUAACUAUCAAUUUAUGCUAAAGUCAAUGGAGUACCUCAGUUAAUUCAAUACCCCAGUUCAGAAACAAGGAAAACAUUUGGAAUGCACAAGAAGACCACUUCCACGUCAAAAUGUAGUGAUUUAAGCAUUGGAAAUGGGGAUUCAAAAUUGAUAUACUUGCAUGGUGGCUGAAGAAUAAUUCAUCCUCAAAUAUUAUUGAGAAACAAAAACCAAGUCGCUGCUGACUUGGUAAGUCCAUGAGAAACAGGUAAAUACUUGUUCAAAGACUCAAACCUAUAAAUAGGCAUGCUUUCAAGAGCGAUUACUCAUCCUACCCAAGCAAGAAACUAAGAAAUCAAGCCUGAAACCAGCCUAGCUACAAUGAAAGGUGUUCAUUUCCUUGUAGCUUUUCUCUUCUUGGCUCUGGCUUCCUCAUUUGCCUCUGCCUCUGACCCCAGCCCUCUUCAGGACUUUUGUGUAGCUCUCAAUGACACAAAGAAUGCUGUAUUUGUAAAUGGGAAGUUCUGCAAGGACCCAAAGCUUGCCAAAGCAGAAGACUUCUUCUUUUCAGGGCUGAACAUGCCGGGAAACACAUCAAAUCAACUGGGAUCAAAAGUCACUCCUGUUAAUGUGGAACAAGUUGCAGGACUCAACACUCUUGGCAUAUCUUUGGCAAGAAUUGACUUUGCACCUUAUGGUGGGCUAAACCCCCCUCACACUCAUCCCCGUGCCACGGAGAUCCUAGUUGUCCUAGAAGGCACACUCUAUGUCGGCUUUGUUACAUCCAACCCAGAUAACCGUCUCAUCACCAAAGUCUUAUACCCAGGAGAUGUUUUUGUCUUUCCAGUUGGUCUCAUUCAUUUCCAAUUCAAUAUAGGGAACACUAAUGCCAUUGCCUUUGCUGGUCUCAGCAGCCAAAAUCCAGGAGUUAUCACCAUUGCAAAUGCAGUCUUUGGUUCAAACCCACCAAUCAAUCCUGAUGUUCUUGCCAAAGCCUUCCAGCUGGACAAGAAUGUGGUGAAAUAUCUUCAGUCAAAAUUCUGGUGGGAUAACAAUUAGACCAAUUUUCAACGUCCAUGGAACAGUUACUUAUUUGAACAAUUUUUGACAUGUUUCCAUCAUUUAUUUAGUAAUUAUUGUUGAAGUAAAAUAAAAUAAAAAAUAAAAAUGUUACUUAUGUAUCUCUGCUGAUGUAAUCCUCCAAUUGUAUGUUGAUUUUGGAUAUAUUAAGUUAUUACAGUUUGCUCCAAAUUAGGAGCUAAUGUCAACCUUUAUCUAGAUCUCAUUGAAAGCACCCUUUCUGAGAAUACUUUAAUUUAGAUCUUGGAAAGUUCCAAACUUAAUUGCCAGAAUCCAGAACACACUGAAUUUGUUAAUAAGAAGCCAAAGAUCCAGUGCCGCUGAGAAGAUUUAGAGAGACAUCUGAUCAUAGUUUCAGAAAGUUGAAAACUGAAAAACCCCCAACCAAAAGAUUACAAAUAAUGCAUGGAAUAUUGUUAAAGAGUCAAUCAACUGAUCUUCAUAGGGACCUGAAAACAUUCUGGACCUUGACCUUUCUGUGAGUCUCAUGGCAUUGCUGCAGCAAGUAUUUUGUCAUUAACCAUCUACCCAGCUUCAAGUUCAGGGCCUUUCUUGAGGGCAGUUACUACUGAUAUUGUCACCAAAUAACUAUUGCAAAAUGAUAAGCAACCAUUUCAAUAACAAACAGCAAUCGUUAACAAAUGACUC